AGAAACGCGUUGGGUCGUCUGCUCUCCGUCGUCGUCUGUCCGUCUGCUCCGCAUCGACGUCGUCGUCUGCUCCGAGGAGCCGCUGCGCUCCGCGUGUCGCGGUGAUCAUCCAUGUGUCUACGCCGGCAGUGUGCGCCGACUUCGGCGGUGUGACAGCAGUGAUUAUCGAGUGAUUAAUGUGGUGCGUUCCCGUGGAGCCGUGGAAUUGUACAGAACACGAGUGCCGGUGGGCGGCCACCUAGAAUCGCCGGCGCUUUUCCUUUGCGCAAAAAGCCUCCGACAUGAGGUCCAAUCACAACAGGUGUCGGCCACCCGAAUUCUAUGACCGGGCUUACGUGGGCGGUCGGCCACAGCCCAGCCGGCACCCGUCGCACCAGCACCACCAUCACGCACACCACCUGGUGGGCCACCACCCGGCCUCCGUGGCCCACUCGCACCACCACCAGCCCUCGGUGGGGCACCACCAGCAACAGGCCAGCUGCUCGUCGAGCGGGGGCUCCGGCUCGAGCAGCGUGCACAGCGCCGCCUACCGGCCACAGGCGCCCCUGGUCAAGGGGCCGGCGCCGGGCAGCGCGGCCAGUGCGGCGCGGGCGCGCAGGCGAAGGAUGAAGUGCCUCAUCUCGCUGGGACUCAUACUGCCCGCGCUGGCGGGAGUCAUCGGGGUUGUUGCGUGGGCAGUGAGCGCUGAGACAGUCAUGGCGUCCGCAAUGGAGAGGACAGAGUCCCCCAUCCGAAUUCAGGAUCGGUCUUCGUACGACGACCGCCUCGACGAGCCUCCAUCGUACGCGAAGCUCCCGCCGUCCCAGGCGAUCCCUCCGCCGUCGCCGCCCGAAGAGAGCAGCAGCGGCAGCGCCGAAACGUCGGUGGACUACGCGUCCAACUCGUUGCCCGUGCUCCCGGCACAACCCAAGCCGGGCGCCAUCGUCGAAGCUACCACCGUGGGCGCCGACGGCGACAAGCCCGUGUACGUGGUGCACUUCGUGCUGGGCGACAAGGACGCCAAGGGCCGCGACAAGGUCACCACCACGACCCACAGCUUGCCAGCCUCGAGUGCGGCCCCCAGUACCCAGAGCACGCCGCCGAGUACCACGAAGCGGCGCACCACACCGAGCACCACCACAUCGACAACGACGACGACGAGCACGACGACGACAACGACGCGGCGACCGCGGCCGACGACGAGCCAGGCGCCGAGCGAGCCGCCUCUGGCGACGUCCACGCUGAACCCGCACUCGCCCGAAUUCGCCGACAUGCUGAACCACAUCCUGAACGCCUCGAGAAACGGGUUCGGCCGGUCUCCCCAGUUCGUCGUGUUCGCGCCCAUGCCCACGGAACACAACAAGCAACACCUAGAGCACUUGUCCAAGGCGACUCGCUAUCACCCUGUGGGCGCCCCGGUGAGCCAGGAGGUGAUGUCCGCGCCGAUGCAGCACCCGCACCAGUCGCACCCUCCUCCACCACCACCUCCACCGGUGCCUUUGAGGGUGCCGAUUCGGCCGCGUGACGAGUACCACCCUCUGGCGUCGCACCACCAUCCGCACCAGCACGAGGCGGCGCUGCCACCCAGGCAACAGUACCUGCUGCCGGCGCCGCAGGUGCUCAGCCGAAGGAACGGCAGCAACCCGAACCCUUUCCAGGCGCCACCGCCGCCGCCUGGAUUCCAGACGAAUCCGGCUCCGCCUCCACCCGAGCCGGAGCCCCUGGCUCCGGGUUUCCAGUCCGUGGGCGGCUACAGCGCAUCGCAGAACCACGACAUGUACGCGCCUGCGGCCCAGUCCCAGUCGCCGUACAACCCGCCGCCGCCGCUACCACCGCCUCCACCGCCGCCGGUGUCCCAUCACCACUCGCGCUACGGCUCGCCGUCGCGCUACAACGACGCCGUCGACUCCCAGCGGGGACUGCUGCACCCUGCCUCGGAGUCGGCGUUCCCCAACAAGGACCGCAGCGGGUUCGAGAUCCACGCGGGCGACUCGUACGCCAGCCACGGCAGCAGCAGUGGCGGCCACGGAGGAGGCCACGGCAAGGGCAUCACCUUCACCAUUGGUGGCGGUGGCGGUGACCACCAGUCGCCGCACCACGACUACGGCGUCAGUCCGAUGGGCGUCAUCAAGAACCUGUUCCUGCCGUUCCUGCCUAAGCCAAAGGUGAACCUCAAUGGACGGGUCGUGUUCGGCGUCGUGCUCGAGAAGGGCGUGGGUCUGGGUCACAACCAGCACGGACAGCAGCACCACCACGCAGUCGCAUACCACCACUGAGUCACCGACAGACCUGUCUGCUUCCAUGACGUCACUUCACUUGCACCCACUACGCAUCGCGCCACCUGGACAAGUGACGGCACACAGCACGGCGAUGCCCAUCUUCGCUAGUCGCGAUGUUAGUGCGCUGUAGCGCAUUCCACGUGAGACCACAGAGGAGGCCCUCAACGCAAGGCUUGGCACGCCGAGGGCCAAAAUAGACCAAGUUAUGCACAAAAUGAAGUUAAACGUCUUCCCUGGCGCCCUGUCGGCAAACAAGUGGUUCGCCCAGAAACUUUGCUGUCGCAUUAUGUGGUGUUGGGCCAUUCCUUUCGGUGUCAGGCAGCGUUAUAUAGGACGUCAGGGCGACUGCUCGAUCCAAUUAACAGCCGUUCAUUAUUCACGACCCCUAAUGUAACGCGUACAUAACGAUGUCUGUUGACACCGGUUGGACAGGAACUCACUACUGUGCAAAUGGUAUAUUAUAUCAAAAUAUCAUAGACAAAGGUAUUUUUACUACCAGUAUUGAUAUACAUUUAUUUAAAGCGACCCUUUUGGCCACGACUCAGAGUGUUUUCGACGAUAUACUGUAUACUUCACAAUAUGCUCACAGAAGAAAAAGUUUCAAAUAGACCGAAAAAUACUUCAAAGGUGUCUAGAUAUCUCGUAAAUAUGGGACCGCGAUGUUAAUAUUGCUUCAAAAAGGACAUGCUAACGGAGUCGACCACCUGCAUGACACGCUGUGGUGGUCUUGAUCAGCGAAACUUAGUUGGCAGAUAGAAAUCUGACAAAUUAUUUUCCGCACGUUUUUAAUGCAAUCGUGCAGGUGGGAUGAUGACCAUGCAGAGUGAUGUUUCGCAAGCUUUCGCGUUCUGGUUAUUAGUGGCAAAAGCUCGCCUAAGACACUGAGCAUAACCAUCAUCACACCUGCUCGACUUCUCGAAAAAUGUGCGUCUGUGAAGAGCACAUACCGCGAAGUUCCAACAAGUCCAAGUGCCUUGCUCUGGCGUCUCACCCAGCCGAGAAUGGCGCCUUCCCGUCGAGGUGCUCGUCUGCUUAAGGUGUCUGCCGCUCUGUCUAGAGCGCACCAGCGUACACUCCAGUUGUGUCGCAAGUGGGUUCAGGUGAAGCAUCACGGUGAUGUCCUGCUCUUCGAAAGUGCAGGUUGAGAUGCCACAACUCUCCUCUUGAACAUAUAGCCGAGAAUCCACGUCACGAGCGAGCCGCGAUCACUCUUAACCAGGAAAUCCACCGCGGCCUACGACAUCACAAGUCACACGUUAACCCGCAAGGUUUCUCUGCUCAGUAUAUAUACUGACUCGCCAUUGGGUGUAUAGGCACAAGAACGUGCACUUAACUCCUGAAAACGCGUGCUCGCCCGAUUUGGGAAAGUCAUCUUACUAAAUACACGCCCAUAAGUCAUGCAUCCGUCAUCGUCAUUUCAUUGACAGGGUAGGAGAAGGCUGGAAGGCAAGCAGGAGGAAAUUGAACCAAACACAGUAUUGCUUUGGUAUGAAUUUACCGCAGACGGAACAUUAAAAUUUAAAAAAAAAUUAAGGUUACCUUUUACCAUGCAGCUUGCGGUUUUUCGUUUUAUUCAUCUCGUUUCAGGAGGAAGUGAGAUCGUUUUACCGUGUGGUUAAAUUGACAUUUUCAUCACAUUCCAUUACUUGUUUGAAACGCAGGGUGAAGCUUGGUGAUCGCAUUGCUGUUCGCUUAUCCCGUUGUGAUCUUUGUUACGCAAUGGGUGACCGAUGUCAAUGAAAUCAGUCGACGUUACUAAAGAACGCGCACUAAGUUAAGUGACUAAGAGCAGAAAAGGUUUCAGAAUAAAACAUGCAAGACGUCUUUGUAACUGCACUUUAACGAGAUGGAAUCAGCCGCAAAGAGUAAUUCAGUAAUCGCAUUUUUAAUACGUCACGGCCAAGCAAUACGGAACAAAAAUGUCUUGUAGUCUUCUUUAUUACAAAUCGUCUGCAGCCUUAUAUCAUCUCAUUUAACAUCUCAUUUCUUUCUUUCACUGCAAGCAGAACAUGGUUGAUGUAAAGACUGUCGUCAUGCUCAGUUUCGAAUGAGAACAACGCAACGGUAAUGCAGCAGAAAGGCGCGAUUAUUUCAAAGUUUCUUCCUUUUUUUUUCUUCUUCUUCUUCUUCUUUAGCAUACGAUGUCAAGCGUCGGUCUUUACGUUGUUAGCCUGCGACGUAGCACUUGAAGUAGUAGUGUGCAGGUGGUUAGCGAGGCUUUUUACCUUGCGAUAUUAUCUGGCUCACACGUACUAGCCGGCCCCGCUCGUUAUCACGGUUUUCGGUGAACAAAAACAAGUUAGUGCUCGUCUCUCAUCGCGCCCUCCAUUUUCAAGUUGCGUCACCGCUGCGUUGUUGGUUUUUUUUCACCGAAAACCGUGCAGAGCUUGAUGCGGCUGCUGCUGGCAGAUACGUAAGUGUUGCAUCGAACUAAGAAAGACGAAAACAUAUAUAUAUUUUUUUUUGUCGUGCUUGAGAUGAGGUGACAUUAGGUCAAACAAGGAAUCAGGUGAGGCAUUCUAAGAUCAACUGGAAAAACGUUGCACGCGAAACCUCUCAGGGAAUUAGACUCUAAUGAGAAAAGCACGCGUAACAAACAUUUGGAUUGGAAGGUUGUAGUGCCAUGUUGGCUUGAGAUGCCCACUCAAGCUGUAAAUCGAAAAGAUACAGCAACACCAGAUUAGAGGCAUUUGAUGGGUAAUCGAAAGCUCAGAUUAUGCGUGGUAUAUCAAGUCUUCCUGUUCAAAGUUCGUGAAUCAGCAGCCAUUCCCUUUCCACCAAAUUUCAGAGCCAGCUUUCGCUCAGCAGCCAAGUUCGGGUGUAAUCGCUGCGAGGCCAGUCAAUGUUCGCCUGCAAUGCGCGACUCCGGUUUCGCGACUACUGUGGGACCAGCGAGCAGGCUCCCGUUGAAUGCGGCCCUCAAUUCGAAGCUCGCGUGUUCAAGACAGCUUUGGAGUUAUACUCUGACUGCAAGUUCACACGCAAGUUCGUGCACGAGCUCGUCCAAGCCGAAAUUCGCUUGCACCUUCCCGAUAUUUGGUUAGCAUACAAAUUUGAUCGCAUUGUUGGCGAACAUAAAAUAGUCAGCUGACGAGCUUUGGGUAUGCGACGAAGAAAAUGUGUUCAUUCUGAGGUUUUUGGCAUUUUUGGGCAUGUACAUGUGUAUCAUACAAUGGCGCGGUCGCUUCCGACUGCUUCUACAUUUCCACUCCACUUUCGUUCUGCAGUCGGAACACGAUCAUAACUAUAUUAAGAAUUCUAUCGUCACUUAUUUUUUUCGCGAGGUUCUUGACAUGGUGUUAAUUGACCAAAAUUGCCUUCAAUCUUUGUUGUAACAGUUUUAUUUUUGUCCUGAGGAGAUAUAUUUUUAAUAGAGAAACAGUAAUGGAUUGCUGAGGCAGCGUAGUGGGCUUCGAUCAAGUAAGGCAUGUUUCUCUCAAGCCUCGGCUUGGAUUACUUGGAGUUGUCCUUGUUUUCGUUCUCAUAUACGUCCACACAACUUGCCUGGUCCGUGAUUAUUAGAGCUCCUUGAUAACUUUAGUGCUGUAGAACUUAUUUUGCGUUUUUUCAACGCUUCCUGCCGUUUUAUUUUACCACUCGAAUUUAGGUUUUUAUUAACGAAGGUGAACUGCAGCGGCUUCUCUACGAGACCUUUCCGGCAUUUUGUAAAGAUAGUUUUUAUCUGACCAUGUGCGUCUCCUGAGUGUACAGUACAGUGAUGCUCUGGUUAUGUGUGAAAGGUUUCUUUUUGCAUUCCAUCUUUUUUAUUCUUUGCCUGUGUCCUAAGCGGAAUAUGCUCUUGUAUAUGUCACAUGCGCGCUCAAUAAAAGAAAAUGUACUUUUGA